AUGCCCUACACUUUUGAUCAGGUUAUCGACCGACGCAACACUCAAAGUACCAAAUGGGAAAAAUUUGCGCCGGAUGUGCUGCCGUUCUGGGUCGCAGAUAUGGAUUUUGCUGCACCGGAACUGAUUCUCGAGGCCCUGCGUCGACGGCUAGAUCACCCGAUUCUGGGGUACACCACAGAGCCAGACAGUUUGACCGAAGCGUUUCAGCGAUGGCUUGUCCAUCAUUAUAACUGGGACGUACCUGCUGGCUGGGUAUGCUGGGUGCCUGGCGUGGUACCGGCGCUGAAUCUCAGCGCACGCACGUUGCCCGCCGACAGCGAGAUUCUCAUACCUACCCCCGUCUACCAUCCUUUUCUGGCCGUAGCCAGCAACGCGGGCCUGGGUGAAAUUCAAGUGCCCAUGCAGGUUACAAACGGCAAGUGGCACAUGGAUUUUGAUGCUCUGACUGAUGCGCUUACACCACAAACGCGCAUGCUGAUGAUCUGCAAUCCACAGAACCCUACCGGGCGUUGUUAUGAUACCGACGAACUGAACCUGCUUGCAGAUUUCAUCGAAAAACACGACCUGUUGCUGGUCAGCGAUGAAAUUCACUGCAAUAUCCUGCUCGACCCGAGCACCACCCACCAACCGUUAGGCAAGCUCCACCCCGCUCUGGCUCCGCGGAUCAUCCAUUUAUAUGCCGCGACCAAAAUUUAUAACAUCCCGGGUAUCAGCUGCGCCGCCGCAGUGAUUCCGGACGACACACUACGGCGUCAGUUCAUGCGUGCACGGGCAGGUUUAUUACCCGGCAUUGGGCCGUUGGGUUUUCUGAGUUCAGAAGUUGCGUUCAACGAUCGUUCGAGCUGGGUACCGGACCUGCUGACAUACCUGCGAGGUAAUCUGGCAGCGGUGCAGGCGUGUGUGGGUGAUCGACUGACGCCAUUGGAAGCCACAUACCUUGCCUGGAUAAAUGUCGCAGACCUCGGUCUGGAAGAUACAGAAGCCUAUUUUGCUCAGCACGGUAUUGGUAUUUCUCCCGGCGCGCAGUUUGGUAAUGCAGACUACAUUCGUUUUAAUUUUGCCUGCCCGCGCGCCACUCUGGAUCAGGGCCUGAACCGUUUAAGCCACGCGAUAAGCCUGGCACAGGCAAAACAGUAA